AUGUCGCAAACCAUCGGAAAGACCCGCCUUGCCUACUCGCGCACAUGGCACCACGUCGACGUGGGCACCGACGGCCGCUCGCUCGGUCGCGUCGCCUCCUCCAUCGCCCUCUUCCUCAUGGGCAAGCAUAAGCCCAUCUACGACCCCUCGACCGACUGCGGCGACUACGUCGUGGCUGUCGGCUGCCAUGACCUGCGCACCACGGGCAAGAAACGCUUCCAGAAGAAGUACUACACCCACACCACUCGUCCCGGCAGUCUCCGUAGCAUGACCAUGGACAAGAUGUUUGAGAAAUGGGGCGGCGGCGAAGUCCUGCGCCGUGCCGUGCGAGGCAUGCUGCCCAAGAACCGUCUGCGGGAGAAGAGAUUGGCCCGGUUGAAGACGUUCGAGGGCCUCGCUCACCCCUACAAGGCCAACAUCGUCAAGUUCGGGAAUCAGUCGGUCAUUGGAAAUAUGCCGGAGGUGCAGCAGGCGUUCAAGGAGGCCAAGGUCUCUGCCUAA